CCCAACUGUGUGCAGACCCUAAUGAAAUGUGCUGAUUGCAGAUUAUAUCUGUGCCAACCAGCUGUGCCAACCAGCAGACAUGCCAACUAUCUGUCUGCACUAUCAUGUGCAUUAUACAAAGUAUCCACUAGAUGGUGUGGAUUUAAAGGGCUGGGUUUGGCCUUAGUUGGCUUCCGUACACAGCCUGCAGUUGUCUUUCUAAGGACUUGCCUUCCUGUGUAGGUGUUACAGUGAGCUCCCAGUGUGGGCUGCAGGGCAUGGCUUGGCACUGACACUCAGUGUUUACAAAGGCAUUGCUAGGGGCUCCCUGAAACUUUAUAAAGGGGGCAAUGGCACUUCUACUAAAGGGGCUGCUGCAGUCACCAGCAUGGAGGGGCCUGAGACUUAUUGCACCUUUAUCCACAGGCAAGUGAUGUGCAGGAAUUAUCAGCUAAUUGUCCUGACCUUGGGGACACAUUGAAUUGUACAAUGCUGUCUGGGGGUUAUAUUGGGUUAUCAAUAGCACUUCUCAAGACUUCUGUACCAGGUGAUCACUUUAGAAAGACAUUGGAACACAAUUGGGCUCAUUCCCUCUAGCAUGUAAGCUCAUCGAGCAGGGCCCUCAACCCCCUCUGUUCCUGUACGUCAGUGGUCUGAUCUCAAUUAUGUGUCUGUUAGUCCACCCAUUGUACAGCGCUACGGAAUUUGUUGGCGCUAUAUAAAUAAUAAAAUAAUAAUAAUAAUUCACAGAACAGUGAAUUGUAGUUAAAGGGACAAUUCAAGCAGCAUAAACACUACAGCUUGCAGUAGUGGUUAUGGUGCCAGGAGGGUCCUUGUGCCCCCUGCCAGGAUUCAAACCAUUUUAGAACAGUUUGACUUCUUACCAGGGGUCCCUAGGUCUCCGCUCCCCACCUCUAUUACUUCAUGUAGAGUUCUGGAAGCUCUCAUAGCUGAGAUAAACUCUGCAAUGUAUGGCUUACUUCAUUGGCUGAGGGCGAUGCAUUGACAAUUGGCCAAUGAACUAAUUAGUAGAGCUAAUGGAAGCUCCUAAGAGGGAGUAGUAGGGAGUGGACGCAGGUAAGAAGUCAAAUGGCUCUAAAGCAGUUUUACUCUUACUGUGGGGUGAAGGGUGUUUUGGUUAUGGUGCGUGAGCAGUUCCCCUACUUUAAAUUUUCCAACUCUCCUAAAGUCACAGCUGGAUAUCUUGUCUGUAUUUUGCAAUUUAUUUUUAAAGUCACAUAAUUUCAGUGAGUAAACUUCCAGAGCACGUAAACACCUGGGCACUCUUGUCCUUUUUAAGAUGAGUGAUGUUCAAGGACGUCUUGUUGUAAAUUCUGAUACCCUGUUAUCUCCUCAUUCUGUUUUCUUGGUAGGGGCCAGGAUGCCAGCUAGUCACUUUACAGGAGAGUACGAGGACGGCGACAUUAAAUUCACUGCUGCACAUGAUGAUGUCACGGAUGGCCUGUACCCUGGCCACAUUCCCACCACCUUGUUACAGAAGGCGCUGCUAUCUGCUGGCUCGGCCGUAAUGUCACUUUAUGAUCCAUAUAGACACGGUAAGAUAUAAACAUUGCCUUAAAUCCCGGUACUGCUGGAGACGUCAAAUAACACGUUAUGGCGGACUAAUAUACACCAUAUAUUAUCACUCUUAAUUCUGGGGGCAGUUAUGUAGAAUAUAACAGAUACAUUUAAACCAAGUUUUUAGCAUUUUUUUUUUUGGGGGGGGGAAAAUAUUUUGACAAUUGAGAAUUCUUUAAAUCUGGCUUUUGUGGCUUAAACAGUCCACUACUUUUGCCAGUGGUCCAUAUUUGCCUCUUUAAUGAAUAGCCCUCAUAUUUUGUAGCGUUGUGUUGUUUUCCGCGUUUGAAAGUCCUUAUUUAUUUCUCCUUUUUGCUGUGCCAAUUCUCUAGAUAUGAUUGCAGUUCUUGGGGAAACAACCGGUUCGCAGGCUUUGAAAAAUCUCAGAGACCGUAUGAGUCAAGAUCCAGAAGGAGCCCAAAUUUUACAGUAAGAGGUUUUAUACUUCCAGGAAAUAUAGGGGUGAAUAUAUUUGACCAGCUAGAUGGGUUACUGCAUGGGCCAUGACCUCUUCAGUGAUAUGAGGUGGCUGGAGUCUGUAUGUGCAGCAUUUCGAUAUGAAAGAGUUCCGAGCUGUAGAAUAGAACUUCUGUGUAUUUUGGACGUCAUGCCGGUGCCAGGUGUCCAAUGGCAGUAUAACUCCCCCCCUUCUGUGCUACCCAUGUCCUCACCUUAGUCUUCCCUUCCAUCUGUUCUCCUCCAGCAUGACAUCAGUGUAGGAUGAUUGAGCUGAGGGGAGAACUUGGCCUCAGUGCUGAAACAGAGUUAAAGGGACACUAUAGUUACCUAAAUUACUUUAGCUAAAUAAAGCAGUUUUAGUGUAUAGAUCAUUCCCCUGCAAUUUCACUGCUCAAUUCACUGUCAUUUAGGAGUUAAAGGACCACUCUAGGCACCCAGACCACUUCAGCUUAAUGAAGUGGUCUGGGUGCCAGGUCCUUCUAGGGUUAACCCAUUUUUCAUAAUUAUAGCAGUUUCAGAGAAACUGCUAUAAUUAUGAAUGGGUUAAGCCUUCCCCCUAAUCCUCUAGUGGCUGUCUCAUUGACAGCUGCGUGCUUCUCACUGUGAUUUUCACAGUGAGAGCACGCAAGCGUCCAUAGGAAAGCAUUGUAAAUGCUUUCCUAUGACGAGCUGAAUGCGCGCAGCCUGCUUUCGCGCGCGCAUUCAGCCGGGCGGCGGAUCGGAGGAGGAGAGGAGGCAGAGAGCUCCCGCCCAGCGCUGGAAAAAGGUAAGUUUUUACCCCUUUCCCCUUUCCAGAGCCGGGCGGGAGGGGGUCCCUCAGGGCACUAUAGUGCCAGGAAAACGAGUAUGUUUUCCUGGCACUAUAGUGGUCCUUUAAAUCACUUUGUUUCUGUUUAUGCAGCCCUAGCCACACCUCCCCUGGCUAUGAUUGAAAGAGCCUGCAUGAAAAAAAAACUGGUUUCACUUUCAAACAGAUGUAAUUUACCUUAAAUAAUUGUAUCUCAAUCUCUAAAUUGAACUUUAAUCACAUACAGGAGGUUUUUGCAGGGUCUAGCAAGCUAUUAACAUAGCAGGGGAUAAGAAAAUCUUAAUUAAAUAGAACUAAAUAGGGCUCUCUUUACAGGAAGUGUUUAUGGAAGGCUGUGCAAGUCCCAUGCAGGGAGGUGUGACUAGGGUUCAUAAACAAAGGGAUUUAACUCCUAAAUGGCAGAGGAUUGAGCAGUGAGGCUGCAGGGGCAUUUCUAUACACCAAAACUGCUUCAUUAAGCUAAAGUUGUUCAGGUGACUAUAAUGUCCCUUUAAGUUGUCAUGUUGCUUGGAUUUACAUAGAAUGUGACGGCAGAUAAGAACCAUUCGACCCAUCUAGUCUGCGUUACCAUUAUUGGUUUGUUUGAUAGAGGUUUAAAUGUUGUCCUAAACCGAGAUUUUAGUUUGCAGGACGAGUGCUUUCUAAGCUACCCCAUUACAGAUAAAAUCUUGUAUAGUAUCAAAGAAGUGAGGUUUUUAUUUAUUUCUUCCUUAACCCUCAGAGAGCGCCCUCGUAUACGGAUUUCUACGCUGGAUAUUGAGAGGCUCCGAGAGCUGCCGGAGGGAACUUUUGGCAGGGAGUACGUCCGGUUCUUAGAUGUCAAUGUAAGUUCAUCCCCCAAACUCCUCUAUUCUGUAGCCUGUUUUACAUCGUGAAAUUUACUUAAAUGCGUUAAAUUUGCUGCACCUAUUGAAAUUUUAAGAUGUCAAAAGAUUUGAAUAUAUAUAUAUAUAUAUAUAUGUGUAUAAAAAAAGCACUGUUAUUCACUGUUAAACAGUUAGAUUUAUUUUCUGUGGCCCUCAGAAAGUGACCCCCGACACCCGUAUGCCUGUUAAGUUUGUGGAUGAUGAAGAAUUGGCGUAUGUGGCACAGCGAUACAGAGAAGUCCAUGAUCUAAUGCACACUCUUUUAGGAAUGCCAACAAACAUGUUAGGUGGGUGCAAACUCAGCAGGCACCUGUACUGUGAUCAGAGACCCCAAUACUGAUCGCCGAAUUCUCUCUUGUAGGGGAGGUCAUAGUAAAGUGGUUUGAAGCUGUGCAGACUGGCCUGCCUAUGUGCAUCUUGGGAGCUGUGUUUGGGCCUCUCCGUCUGAAUACCAAGUAAGUUAAACCUGUAGCCAUCAUCCCUCUAUUUACAAAGCAAUCUGUAGGUGAUUUAGUGAUGCACGAGUCUGCUGAACCUUAAAUUCCUAUAAAUAAUCCUGAUCUUAACUAAAGACAUAGUUGAUAACAUUAACAUCCCAAACCUCUAUUAAAGUUGUUAUGGUGCCCAAUGUUCCUUUAAUGCAGAGGUGCCCAAAAGCAAGAUCUCUAGAUGUUGUAAAACUCCAACUCAUAGGAGUUUUAGUUCUACAACAUCUGGCUAUUUAGCUUUUUGAUACACCUGCUUUCAUGAUAUAGGUUCCUUGUGUAAUAAUACAAGCAAGUUAAAACUUGUUUGAGAUCUGAGUGGGGACCAACCCCAGGGCAAACUGCUGAGGUUUUUCCCUAUCUCUGUUCUAGUUUAUUAAACUCAAUGCUCGAGCCAGAGUUUCACAAAAGAUGUGCGGUGUUUAAUAUCGCUGCAGAUAUUUCCCAGACUUUAUGGAAAAUAGACAUAUUGUACACGCAGCUCUACCUUGUGUUUAUAGUAUACAACUCCACCCAAUAAGCUGCCUCUCACAGAUUUUUUUCUCCCUGAUUCUAGGAGAAUGAAGGCCCUGAUAGAGCUUCUUCCUUGGGCAGUUCAAAGUGGCCGCAACGCUCACUGUACUCUCAGCUUCUACUAUGAGAAACGGUGGGAGCAGAGUUUGCAAACCCUGCGAGAAGAGAUUGGAAUCCUGCCCCCUCCAUCCACCAAAGGCUGAACCAAAUCCUGUUGGCUCCUGGAACUUAAACAGAACUCAUACCAAUAGGUGUUCUACAUCAAGCACCAGCGUGGAGAAUGGAAGUGGGAAUAAAGAGACUUGCUGCGGUGGUACACAUCUGCAACGUGAUCACAUCAACCUAUCUCACACAAUUUAAUUAGCUUGAACAGCGCCCCAAGAUUGUCAAUCACUUGCAGUCUGACCUGUUUUAGGUUCUAAUCCUUAAUUAAAAGGUUGCAUUAAUAUUCAGCAAAAUAGCAGAAAAGCCACAAAGGACCUGGUCAGCAAAAUGUGCUAAUUUCAAGCGAAUAGAACCCCACUGUUUAUAUUACAAAAAAAAGUAUGUUUUAUUAAAUCUAGACUUUUCCAAAAGUGUGUUUUUUUGUGAAGUGGGAGAGAAUAUUCAGUGAAUUAUAAAUAUGUAUUUGAAACAUAGGAUAUUAAAAAAACAAAACAAAAAAAAACAACCUAUUUUAACCCCUUAAGGACCAAACUUCUGGAAUAAAGGGGAAUCAUGACAUGUCACACAUGUCAUGUGUCCUUAAGGGGUUAAACAUAAAAUUGCUAUAAUGAAUGUAAGAAAUAUUUAAUAAAUGCAUUAUUUUAAAUUCCAGAUCAUUUUAAAAUAAAUUAUUGCAAAUUUCUGGCAUUUUGCGUCCUUGUCUCGAGUUAGUUUAACCAUGGCAGCUUACUGAAGUGGUUAUGGUGCUGUCCCUGUCAAACUGGUUUUAUGGUUUGUAAAACAAACAAACCUAAAAGAUUCCGAGGUGGCAAAGCUGGUCGCUUAGCCCGGGGUGUCAUAUGAGGAAGGUUAAGCCUUUUUACUGUCAGUGUGCAGUACAUUUAUGUUUAGCUGGAAUUUGGCCAUGCCAGUUAACACUUUUAUUGCUGUAAAAAUUGCACAAGAUCCUGGUGGGAUGAUCACCAAAAGGGGAAGGUUGGGAUUUGGUGCCCUUGAAAACAGUUUGAAAUCGGAUUGCAGAUUUUAUAGGACUUUUCCUGUAUAGAUAAAUGAAUGGAGGCACCUGGGGCCAUAGGAUGAUAUCCUACACUAUACCUGGGCGUCCAUAUAGUAGAGCAGAUAUAAGAAUUGGGAGGAUUGUCAGUUGGGACAAGUCUAUUGCUGAAACUCUUCCUCCCUCUCAGUAGUCUGUGGCUCGCUAUACUGAUUUUGCUGAUCCAGAUUUGAGAUGGUCGUCUUCAUCAGUUCCGCAGCUUGACCUCUGUUCUCGCUUAUGGCUUGGGAGAUGCUCUGGAGAUCCCAGUGUGUUCGGAGUAAAGCACCAUCGACAGUGAAAGGUCCGUCCCGGAUGCGACGCACUUUAGUGCAUACAGCAGAGGAACGCAGCUCCAGGCCGAUCUCGUGAACGAUUUUACGCAGAAACUGCUGCGUUUCGUGCAUACAUUCUAUCUCUGUGUUGGAAGGAAAUAAAU